GUUGGCACCUUGCAUGGUAGCCACCAUCAUCACUGUAUGUAAUACUGUAAGUCGCUUUGGACAAAAGUGUCUGCCAAAUGUAACUGUAAAAUAUGAUGGAGCCAAUGAACUCCUUUGAGUCUGCAGACAUUCGGUCACAACGUGCUGUCCCACCGUCUCCCUCUGUUUAUGCUCCUCCCACACUGAGGGAUGGUGAGUGUUACCAUGUCUUCAUUAGCUACAGCAGCACAGACUACCAGUGGACCCACCCCCUCAUCAACCAGCUGGAGUCCUGCGGCCUGCAGGUCUGCUACCAUGAGCGUGACUUCACUCCGGGCCGCACCGUGCUGGAAAACAUGUCCGACUGCAUCCAGGAGAGUCAGAAGGUCCUGCUGGUUCUCAGCCCAGAGUUCGUGAGGAGUCGCUGGUGUCUCCUGGAGGCCAACAUGUCUUUGUUCAGAGACUGCCUGGAGAGGAAGCCCAUCGUCCCAGUGCUGCUGGAGCCAGGAGUCUCUGUUCCACUCCACCUCUGCCACCUCACCUACCUGGAGGCCACCGACCCCGACUUUAUGAAUAAGCUGCUCAAGGUGCUCUGCACCCCUAACAAGCAACUUCAAGGGUCCACUGUGGUGCCCUUCCAGCCUCCCUCUAUCUACAACGGGAAGGCCCUGCAGCCUUUGAUUGCUGCCAACGAUGAGCGACUCUGUAAAUGGGAUUCAGGUCAGUUCAGUGACAUGGAGGUGCCCGACCAACUGCGCCUGGUCAUUGAGGACCAUGACAAGUACAGAGAGGCUGUGAGGAUGAUCAACAGUGUCUCUCAAGUGUGGCUACGCCCAAAGUGGGUUAGAGCCCUGAUCUACUUUAUUGGUGGAAUCUUUGUUGGAGGUCUUUUCAACGGGUUUGGAGCUCUGACAGUUUAUUACAUUGAAGAUCCAUUCAACAUACAAGUUUUUGCAGAAAUCCCUCCUGCAAUAUUUGUGGUUGCCAUUUUUAGUCUCUUUUGUGUUCCAAUUGGGUUGGUUAUUCAGCUUUGUCUCUGGAAAAGUGAUGAUGAGAAGUACAUUGUAAGGGAGAUGCAGAAAGCUAUAGGCCAAGCAAACAAACUUCUCUCUGAGGAGAAGGUGUUAAUGGGCUGUCAGUCCAACUCAAAAAUCUAUCUGGUGUAUGUUUCUCUGGACGGUUGCAAACAUGAGUUUGCAGGAACAUUUUCUGAGCAGACCAUCGCUGAAGAAAUGUUUGAAAGAGCUCUGAUCUUCUUCUCAUCAGGUUACGCUUGCUGCCUUGCUAAAAGACACUUUCCCUUUCCCCAGCCAAGCUCCACUGGUCACCUAGAGGGAGGGGUGUGUUUCUGCCAGUAUGUCUCCCAGCAGCUGAGUACAGAGCAGUGGAAAUAGCAGUACAUUUACAGUUCAGGGCUUACAGAUGGCUGUCACGCAAGGUGCCGACCAGCACAUCAGGAGCAGUUUGGGGUUCAGUAUCUUGUCCAAGGACACUUAGACAUGCAGACCAGGGGAAUCAAACCAGCAACCUUCUGAUAACAAGGCGCUGGUUCUACCUCUGAGCCACAACCACCCGCAGUAACAGUAUGGAUCUGCAAUUUAUGAAUAUAUCAGAUGAAUAUCAAGACAAACUAUUCUUAUCAAUAUUUUUAUAAACGACUUGAAGAUUUUUUGAAGAUUCCAAAUCAGGUGGUUCACGUCAUCAUACAAUUCUACAGGAAAACGUCACGUCAGAAGGAUGAAAGAAUAACCAAUACUUGCUGCUGUUACACCAGAAGGAGCAGGUUACCUUACUGGCUUGCAUACUAAACAUUCAUCAGUGUAGUUACUACAGUAUACUGACAUGGAAAUCAUCAGGUUUCAGUGAAAGAAGUCUGAGGCCGACUAGCAUUAGCAAACACUUUUCUACU